UGCGAGACGACUUCCGCGUGUAGAGAGAGGCGGGGUAACGUGCAAGCCGCAAGCAGAACAAAAUGGUGACCUUACGAUCAGGGACGAGAACAAGAGGAGAAGAAACUAAAGAGGCAAAGUCUGAGGUUCUUGUAAAUGGCAAACAUACAGGCACUCUGAAUGGAAAGCCUCCAUUACUUAAUGGUCACACUAAUGCACAACCUAAGAAGGAUACAAAUGGUUCCAAGAUGCAGAAAGUAAUGUUCAUCAGCUUACUGCUGGACCUCCUCGGCUUCACCGUCAUUCUGCCAUUGUUUCCUGCCCUCUUAGAAUACUACUCUAGAAAUGAUAGCAGUGGACUGUACUCCACUUUGCUCUCGUGGAUUGUUGCCUUCCAGGAGGCCAUCGGAAUUCCAUCCAAAUUCCACUCUGUUUUGUUUGGAGGCCUGUUGGGGUCCCUGUUCUCCCUACUGCAGUUCCUGUCAUCACCCAUCACCCUUGUCUGAUGUGGUCGAAGGACGGUGUUUAUCUGUACCUUGAUUGGAGUGGCAGCCUCAUAUGGCAUGUGGGCCAUAGCCAGUAACUUUGCCAUCUUUGUGCUGGCGAGAAUUAUUGGAGGAGCAACCAAGGGCAAUGUGUCUCUUGCUUAUUCCAUAAUGACAGACAUUUCGGAGGAAAAGACAAGGGCAAGGGGAAUGGCCAUGAUUGGUGUGGCAUUCAGCAUUGGAUUUACGAUUGGGCCAGCCAUUGGGGCCAUGUUUUCACGGUGGGGCAGCACAGGCUGGUUCAUGGCCUCAGCUGUCUACGCUCUUGUGCUAGCUGUCCUCAAUGUGCUGUACUUCUAUGUCUUCUUUGAGGAAACACUGCCAGAGUCUAAAAGAAGAAAGUCGCUCGGUACUGGGUUAUCCGAGGCUUGGGAUCUCAUUAGCCCUUUCUCCCUCUUCAAUUUCAGAUCUGUGAAAGGCUUAGAAAAGGAAGAACGUGCCAGGUUAAUAAGACUAGGACAUGUGUACUUUCUGUACCUAUUCAUGUACUCUGGCCUGGAAUUCACACUCACCUUUGUUACACAUCACAAGCACCAUUACAGCUCAAUGGACCAGGGUCGCAUGUUCACUUUCCUGGGGCUAGUCAUGGCGGUGAUGCAGGGUGGGUACGUACGCCGCAUCAAGGACGGGAGUGAGAAAUCUAUGGCUAAUAUGGGUUUGGUCAUGAUGAUCCCAGCUUUCAUCUUGGUUGGUGCAAGUGAGACUAACCUGGGACUCUAUGCUGGACUUACCCUCUAUGCUCUAGGUUCCUCCAUGAUGGUACCUUGUCUAACUGCUCUAGCAUCUUACCAUGGAGCUGAUUCUCACAAGGGCACCUUGUUAGGGAUAUGGAGAUCUCUUGGAGCCCUGGCCAGGGUCAUUGGACCUAUCGUCACCUCAGUCUUCUUCUGGUGUGUGGGAGCUGAGUUGUGUUAUAUUGUGGGUGGCCUGCUUAUGGUGGUUCCACUGAUUCUUUUUCAGUCUUACUGAAUAGCUCAUUAGAGAAACUCUAAUUUACGUUAAAAUCUCCUCAGUUAGAGUAUCAGGUACUUUUGAACAAAAUGGAAGUAAUCUCUUUUUGACAUUCAGGUUUAUUUUUAUAUAUAUAUAUAGAUAUUUGUGCUUGCAUGAAUGUAUAUAUAUAUAUGUAUAUUUUAUUUAUUUAUUUGUAUAUAUAAUAUAUAUAUAUAAAAACACAUUCACACAUAUAUGAAUAUAUAUAUAUAUCAUUUUACGGUAAUGCCACAUUUGAGAUAUUUCUUGGAUAAUAGGUAUGUUCAUUAUAUUUUUGGGAAAUACAGACAAGGAGUAAGUGUAAGAUGACAUUUUCCCUUUAGAAAAUUUGGUUACAAAUUUACUGUAUUACAUAAAAAAAAACAUUUUUAUUAAAAAAACAUUUGAAUCCCUCUAGGGCUUUAGAGCAAACUUUGUUACGCACAUGAACAGAGUUCAUUGUGAGUUGUUGAGAAAACUAAAGAUAAGUUUAAGAAAUUUAACAAAGAUGUUUUUUAUCAACUGAUUUUAUCUUUGGAAAUAUUUCAUGGAUAUUUUAGAUUGGAAUGUUAAAUAAUACCAUAUUAUACCAUACCUAAAAAUGCAUUGUUCACUGUAAUUUUCUUUUGGCAAAUGUCUCUGAAAAUGAAUGGCAACACAAGUUUUCAGCCACCAAAGAGUCAGUUAGUAGAAUCUUGUGACAUCACCUGAUCUCACAUUUCCUUUUUUUUUAUUUUUUUUUACACCGGUACUAUCAGUAUCAAUACUAUCAUUAUUAUUAUUUUCUUUGCUUUUAUUCUUAUUUUUUAUGACUAUUUACCAAUACUAUCAAUAUUGAUGCAGUUAUUAUUAUAAAAGACAUUUUGAUUAUGAUAAUGUUAUUAGCAUUACUAGUAGCAAUAUAAUAUGAAAAAAUGAUAUUUCCAAAAAUCAAGGAAAAAUGUAAUCAGGUUAGAAAUAUAGUACUAGUAGUUCCCUCAUUGAUGACUUAAGUACUUGUGGAGCCAUCUAUGUGUAAAAAAAAUUAACAGAUAAACUCAGUGGACAUGGCAUGUACAUACAUACCAUCUCUGGUAGCAGUGGGUUGAGAAUUUCCAUUCUGUUAUACACACAGUUACAUGGCAGUGAUAAAUCUAUUUGAUGCAGAUUGAUUGACGCCUGAGAUUUAAAGCUUGCAGAUCAAGCAAGAUCUGUGAUUAUUCAUACAUACAUCCAUAUAUAUAUAUAUAUAUA